GUUCAUUUUUGUCUGAAACAUCAUGAAGUGGGUGAAACACCGGGCAUGGGUUUCCGCAUGUUUGAUUGCCUGCGUGAUGGCGUCAUCGCGGUCGGCUGCGUCUUUAAGGACACAUGGAAGGAGGGCGUGUUCACUCUCACCACAGCAGGAGGCUCUGUGAGUUCUCGUUUGUGAGGAUGCGGUGGCAGCAGCUGGUGUGAUUCUCCACCAGCACAAAGGCUGACACGAGCUCGAACUGCACCGACAGCAGAUCUGAGCCUGAGGUCUCCUACUUUACUGAACGCGCUUCCUUUGUUACCAUCGACCCGCUGGGGGCCCGGCAAGGAGCUGCAGCCGGCUUUAUGAAUGGAUGCUCAGUUCCCAAGCUGACUGCAGUUCAAGAGCGUUAGUAUUCCUUCCAAGGAGCUCACACCUAUUGUGGACUACCGCUACGUCUGAUCAGCCAUCAUGCCUAUCCUAAAACAGCUGGUGUCCUCUGCUCCAGCUAAGCGUCGCUCUCGUAUGGACCUGACCAGAGAGAUGAUUAGUGCCCCUCUAGGAGACUUUCGCCACACCAUGCAUGUAGGCCGCAGUGGUGAUGCCUUUGGAGAUACGUCCUUUCUAAGCACACGCUCCGGGGAGGCAUCACCUGAGACCACAUCCUUUCCUCGGUCUCCUCGGCCUGGUCUCUUGUCGCGUACCUUCAGGAGCAGCAAGCGCUCCCAGUCAGUGACCAGAGUGGACCAACAGGGAGAAAACGGCCUGAUGGUUCCUGGAGGAUCGCCCACUUUAGUCAAAAAUGCCAUGUCCCUGCCCUUUCUCAAUGAUGAAAACCGAGGAGAUGGCGCAGUUUCCAAGAGCUUGACAUCCAGUCCGUUUAAGCAACACGGGGAACUGGACGGUGCAGCUGCAGCCACAAACUUCCUGGAGGUGCAGGAGCAGAGCUUCGGUGAACUGACAGAGCUGCCGGAGAGCUCCACUCACUACGGAGGGGGAAUGAAGCAUGCCGAGUCUGUCAUGUCGUUCCAUGUUGACCUGGGACCAUCAAUGCUGGAUGACAUCUUGGAUGUGAUGGUGAAGGAGGAGGAUGAUCUUGGCUAUGAGGAAGGCAAGAACAGUGAGGGCCAUGCCUCACCAGCCAUCAGCACCCACAGUGAGGAAGAAGAUGGUGUAGAGGGGGAAACUACUGAGGAAGGGCACCAGCAGGUGAAGCUAAACAACGAUGCAGGAGGUCUGCAGCAGGCCUGCUCCAUCGAUCUGAGGGCUGAAGAUGGAGGGCCUCACACUCCAGAGAUCCGAGCCAAGCACCUGCAGCACCUGGACAGCUGCUCCAUGUCCAGUUCCGGUUCUGCUGCUUUGGAUGAGAAACCGAGCAUUCACUGCUACAUUGGAGAUGCAGACAGUGCCACGUUCAGCGCUCCCCCAGAAGAGGAGAGCAACUUCUCCUCCUUCUUGGAAGAUGAAGAUGAUGAGAUUCACGUAUAAACAGUUGGGUUCUAGAGGGAAUUUGUGUCCGUUUUCACUGAUUUCAGACUCUGUAGUGGGCUGCUCUUGGGGAGAAGAUGGGACUCUGGUGUGGGAACUCCUUUAGAAAGCACCCUGCUUGCGUCUGUGAACAUUGAGGCAAGUGAAAUGAAUUGGACGACACUUUCUGAGCAACAUUCCAGAAAUGAACAGAAUCUGCUGGUUAAAAACCAACUUUAGCAAAGAAGAACAUGUAACUAAUGCCCGGCUCAGCAUUUUUCUCCUGUUCUUCGUUUGGGUUAGGGUUGGGGUUUCACACCAGCUGUGGGGCGUCAUGCGGCCCGAGCCGCACAGAAGGCCCAGCCACAGGCACGUCUCCAGUGGGUGUGCUCUCGCUGUGGAGAGAGUGUGAGGCCCUUUCAUCAGACAAUAUUAUCACAGACCUAUCUGGCUCUCCUCUCUUUUUCUGACUUGUUACUCAGGGUUUCCAUGGCAACGCCCAUAGGUCGCCAUUUCCCAAAACUAAACCCAGACGUUCUGAUCUGUUAUCGUUUUACUGGAUUUCAGCUUUGUUAGAGGUGGUGCAUCUGGCUCAGUGUCGGUGUUAUGACAGCAGAACAGGUGAAUGGAUUACUAACCUGUGGUCAGUCUGCGUUCUAAUCUAAGUGAUUUACACAGACCGACUCCAUGACUUCUGCUUGUUUCUCAUAUUGGAACAGAAGAACCGUCUUUAACCACUUCCUUCCCUUUUUGUCUUUGGCUGCAACAUCUUAGCUAGACCAGAAAACGUGAUUUUCACUACAUAUGAGCAGGGCUGUAGAGAGAGAGUGUGUGUGUUGGCAGGUAAACUAUUAAUAUUUGUUGUUUGACUAAUGUUUUUAUCUUAAAAAGUGUGUGUGCUUGUGUGUGUGAAGCAGGGAUCAAGAUGAGGCCACAUCCAGCAUUAGAUGCAAGAGAAUUAAGGAAGGAUUUCUGUUUUUUGUACAAGUUGCACCGUCAUUGCAGCUCGACUCUGCCUCUUGCAUCAUUAAAUCCACGAGGCUUACGUGUGCUGAUUGAUUUCACUGCCUUAACUGAAACUGACAGAUGUGCCAAAUUAUCAUUUUCUUGCCAAAAGUCAUUUUAACUUGUGAAAACCACUUUAGAAGAGAGCCUGUCGAAUAGUUGUCACGCUUUUGUCUUUAUUUUAAUUGCUGUUAAAUGAAACUGAAUAUUUUGGCUCAACGGUUUAAAAGAACCAGUCAGGAGAGCGUUUGUGUAGCUGGAUAUGCGUCACUGACACACUACACGGUUUAAUCAGGUAGCCGUCAAACCUUUGGGUGAUCCUCGUGUGUUUAGAAUGCCUUACUGUUUUUGUGUAUCUGCGUUUUUUUCUGUAUUUGUAAAAUGAACCUAUAUUUUUCAAUAAAAGACUUACAAUUA